GCCUGUGAGCGGACCUUGGGAGCGGCGCGCUGCAGCGGCGGCUGCGGCGGAAGAUGGCUGCGGCCGAGGUGGCGGAUACCCAGCUGAUGCUCGGAGUCGGGCUCAUUGAAAAGGACACAAAUGGAGAAGUUCUGUGGGUGUGGUGUUAUCCUUCCACGACAGCUACUUUAAAGACCCUGCUACUGAGAAAAUGCUGCCUUACAGAUGAAAACAGACUCCUCCAUCCCUUCGUCUUCGGUCAGUACAGAAGAACAUGGUUUUAUAUCACGACAGUCGAAGUUCCGGAUUCUUCAGUGUUGAAAAAGGUGACUCAUUUUUCUAUUGUUCUGACCGCCAAAGAUUUUAACCCAGAGAAAUAUGCCGCCUUCACUAGGAUAUUGUGUAGAAUAUACCUGAAACACGGGAGCCCGGUUAAAAUGAUGGAGAGCUACAUUGCAGUUCUCACGAAGGGGAUAUGCCAGAGUGACGAAAAUGGCUCUUUCCUCAGCAAGGACUUUGGUGCCCGAAAGGCAUACCUUGCAGGCUCUGUCAAAGACAUCGUAUCUCAGUUUGGAAUGGAAACUGUUAUCUUACACACGGCACUGAUGCUCAAGAAAAGAAUCGUCGUCUAUCACCCCAAAAUAGAAGCUGUCCAGGAGUUUACCAGGACGCUGCCUGCCCUGGUGUGGCAUCGACAGGACUGGACCAUAGUGCACUCGUACGUGCACCUGGAUGCCGACGAGCUGGAAGCCCUGCAGACGUGCACAGGUUAUGUUGCCGGAUUUGUGGACUUGGACGUGAGCAAUAGACCGGACCUCUAUGACGUGUUUGUGAAUCUGGCAGACAGUGAGAUUACCAUUGCUCCACUUGCAAAAGAGGCCAUGACAAUGGGCAAACUGCACAAAGAAAUUGGCCAGCUAAUUGUCCAGUCUGCAGAAGAUCCAGAGAAAUCUGACAGCCAAGUUAUACAGGAUAUUUCCCUGAAAACAAAAGAAAUCUUCGCCAACCUGGCACCGUUUUCGGAAGCUUCAGGUGAUGGAGAAAAGCUAGUUCUCAACCUGGAGGCACUGAAGCAGAGACGAUUUCCACCAGCCACAGAAAACUUUCUUUACCAUCUAGCUGCAGCCGAACAAAUGCUGAAAGUCUGACUGUGUGUCUGAACGUAUCGCUGAGGACCGAUGCAGAGCUCUGUGACCGUGAUUCUCCAUUAACUGUGUAAAAUACUGAGAAUAACAAAGAAAAUGGUAUAUUUUAUUGAUUUAUUUGAAAGUAUUGAGGUUUGACCUGAAAAGCACUGAAACACACAUGAAAACACUUCUGAUUUUCUCUUUGAUUAGCCUCACGCCCACCGUCAGUGCCGGGCUGAGCACUGUGACUGCCACAGAUGGGUUGUAGGUGGCCUGUGGUCCUGGAGUCAGAGAGAAGGGCUCUGUCAAGUUCUCGUGUAAAUCACAGCAAGUCCAAACGCCUUCCUUAUCAUAAGUUCCCGUUUGUCUCAUUGUGCUCCACAAACUAAUGUUUAUUUUCAGAAAGCUGCCUGAAAUUUUGCUUUGUAUUCUUCUAGGAAGAACUUCAAUUCCUCAUGAGGAAUUCUACUUUCUGAGCCAAACUACUAAGUUUUCUGCAGAACCGUCUAGAAGAUCAUUCAAAAGACCCUGCAGUUGCACUUUCUUAUAGAUUGUUUUUCUUGGCCUUUGAACAUUUUGCCUAUUUUAUGAGGGUUUUGCAUAGAUUUUAUACUUGAGUAGACAACUUUAAUAAUCCGUAUUUAUACCGUCUCAGAGGUAAGCGUUUGGCAAACUUAAGCCAUCAGUACUCUUCAAUUAACCUUGUUGCUAGCAUUAUUAUUUUGGAAAAGAUACCAGUCCUCAUGUGGCAGAGUAAAUAAGCAGCCCACUUUAGACAUAAAUGUCUGUAUAACUGAACUAGCAACUUUACGUAGGUGGUGAAGGAGAGUGAGAAUUAACUUCUUCAAGGGCCCAAACCAGAGAGCAUCUUCGGAUAAUUCCAGUAAAAGUAACCUGGCCACCUGUGAAGGUAGCCGUUCCUGUCCAGGUCUGUGCCUUCCUCAUGGCCGGGACCUAAACUGCACACUGAGCAGGACCAGGUUUGUGCUUGUCACUUCAGUGUGUGUAUCCAUACUGACUGUGACAGGUCACUUCACAGUCACCACUGCUGUCUGCCUAAGUUUUAUCCAGGAAAUGUUUGCAGAAAAUUGUGUCUUUAUUGGGUCUUUCAUUUAUUCUUGCUGUUAGACUUUUGUUUAGUAAAAAUUCAAAGUAGCCCUUUCCCUCCCUCUUUGGGUAGGGGUGAACCUGAAAUGAGAUUUUGUUUACUAAGGCAAACAAUUUAAAAUUAAAUCUGCACUUUAUGGAAAUGAA